GGGGGCAGUGCUGGGGCCGGGCUGUCGCCAUGUCGGUGUCGCACAGCUCCAGGCUGAACAAGCUGGUGCGGGAGCAGUACGUGAGGCUGCCCCAGGAUGGGUUGGUGCAGGUCACCUACGUCUGGAUUGAUGGUAGUGGUGAGGGUGUGCGCUGCAAAAGCAGGACCCUUGACAAGGAGCCCAAGAGUAUCGAAGAUGUCCCCGAGUGGAAUUUCGAUGGCUCCAGCACGGCGCAGGCAGAGGGCUCCAACAGCGACAUGUUCCUGGUGCCCGUCCGCAUGUUCAGGGACCCUUUUUGCCUGGACCCCAACAAGCUGGUGCUCUGCGAAGUGCUGAAGUACAACAGGAAACCCGCAGAGACCAACCUGAGACACACGUGCAAGAAAGUCAUGGACUUGGUUAAGGACAGCCAUCCCUGGUUCGGGAUGGAGCAGGAGUACACGCUGCUGGGCAUCAACGGCCACCCCUACGGCUGGCCCGACAACGGCUUCCCUGGCCCACAGGGCCCCUAUUACUGCGGGGUUGGAGCAGAUAAGGUGUACGGGCGUGAUAUCGUGGAGUCCCACUACAAGGCAUGCCUCUAUGCGGGGGUGAAGAUCUGUGGCACCAACGCAGAGGUGAUGCCCUCCCAGUGGGAAUUCCAGGUGGGCCCAUGCGAAGGCAUCGAGAUGGGUGAUCACCUUUGGAUGGCUCGGUUUAUCCUCCACCGCGUCUGCGAGGACUUUGGGGUUGUGGCUACUCUGGACCCCAAACCGAUGACCGGCAACUGGAAUGGCGCUGGGUGUCACACCAACUACAGCACUGAGGAGAUGCGGAGAGAAGGGGGUCUUAAACACAUCGAAGCCGCCAUCGAGAAGCUGAGCAAGCGGCACGACUACCACAUCUGUGUCUACGACCCGCGGGGCGGCAGGGACAAUUCCCGGCGGCUCACUGGCCACCACGAGACAUCCAACAUCUUUGAGUUCUCCGCCGGCGUGGCCAACCGAGGUGCCAGCAUCCGCAUCCCGCGCCAGGUUGGCCAAGAUGGCUACGGCUACUUCGAGGAUCGGCGGCCAGCAGCCAACUGCGACCCCUACGCGGUCACUGAGGCCAUCAUGAGGACAACGGUGCUCAACGAGACCGGGGUGGAGACCAAGGACUAUACUGACCACUGAGGCUGUGGGGUGGGUGGAGGUUUUUGUUUCUACACUAGCUUCUCACGUGGGAUUUGUGCCCGUGUGGUGUCCUCAGCUGCAAGCUCAGACUCUUUAGGAACCUCGCUUCUGGUUUUGUGAAACGUCGCCUUAGAAAUAUAUAUAUUUUAUAGUAACAGGGAGGGGCCCAACUUAUUUUCUCAACCACUUUUUUUUCUGGUUCCUGGUUUUAGGUUGUAUGCGGGGAGGUUUUUUUUUUAAAACUUGGAUUGAAUUUUUUUUCCGAUGGACUUUACACUGUGAUGUACAUAGAUCCCUACGUGGAAGCUGCAGCUGCUGCUGUUUGCACCUGGGGAGGGCGGGUGCUUUUUUCCGUAUCUCUGUUGCAAGGAAAUGAUAAUAAAUAAUUUUCCUGGCUGCGUGGCAGCCGGGUUAUGCUGCGGCGGGUGCAUUUUUAUGUAGCUCCUAGAGCUCUGUGGAGGAUUUAAUCUGGGUCUUGCUGGAGGGUUGCAGCCACUGAGCAGCCUGCAUCGGCCCCAGGCAGGGGCUGGAGGAACAGAGAUGCUGGAAGAUCCUUGGGGCAGGUGCCUGGAGCUGCCUUGCCCCAUUUGCCGGUGGCCAAAAGGCCAUCUCCCUCCAUCGUGAUCCCCUGAAAGGCAAACAGAGUGACGCAGCCCGAGCAAACAGCGGCUGGGGCAGCAGCUGGCAGGCGUUUACAUAGGGUGUGCGCCGCUGAGUCAGCGAAGCCGGCCCGGCGCUGGGCACAGCGAGCGGCAGCUGUCUCCUCUGGGGACGCCUUUGGGUGAGGGAGGGGAGCCUGGGGACAUCCCCCUGCUGCACCCCAGGGCAGCACCCUGCUGAACCACAGGGACACGGUGUGGCUCCUUGUGUUGGAGCGUCUUUAAAGAGGGGGGUCAUAGAUGGUAUUCAUGGAGCAAAACCCCCAGGCAGGGCAUUUCCAUGUAGAUGGGGUGUCAACAGCAUCUCUAAGGGCCAGGCCCGUGGGGUCCCUCCAUGCCACAGCUGUGGGGAGGAGUCAGACGUGGGCAGAGGGGACAGCUCUCUGGUCCCAGGGACACUGUGAGCAGGCAGGUCCCUGGGACAGACCUGCAGGAUGCGACCCAGCUGCAGUCACCAAGGAGAGGGUUACCUGGAGGUGAGUGGUACCAGUAGCACAGACAGGGGACAUCAUGUCCACUCCAGUGCACUCACGGGGAUUUUGAAACUGGUUUUACCUUUCUCUUUGAAUCUAACGCAGGUGACAAGGUGAAAUGGAGAACCCCGAGUCCCUCCUGCAGGUCAUGGUGCUGCCAGCAGAGCGGGGAGCGAGGGCAGUGGCAGCCGGGGAGGGGGCCGUGCCCUGGACCGGAGCGCUCAGUGUCUCUGAGCUGUUGAAGAAUAAAUGUAGCCUGGUCCCCACCCUAAGAAUGAUAAAUUUUCCUUCCAGAAAUUGCUGUUUGGGAUGCUUAAUGUUUUUCACCAAAACCACAACACUGUCUCAUUCCUAUGAUGUCUUUAAUGGGUAAUUUGAGCACUGGGACAAGCGACUGCUGGAUGCAGCUGGAAAAUCAAUAAAGAACUAAAUCUGGA